AUGGAUGCGCGUGAACGUGAUGCGCGUGAGCGUGAUGCUUGCUUUAGGGGCAUAGGCGUAUGGCUGCAGGGCGAACUGAGAAAUACACCCAGGCAUCGACGCAGGCGAUUGCAGACUUGCCUGCAGAUAUGUCAGUGGCUGAGGAAGAAAACCCGUGGUCCUCCACCGUGGCUCAACCACUUACUCGAUCAAGAGGGCGCUCCCUUCGCCCAUCCUUCAGGCACAUGUCCCCGGCCCGCAUGGCCACAGACCUGCUGUGACUGCUGCAUUCACGAUACGAAACGAGACUGCGUGCAUCGCGUACUCAUGUUCGGCAGUAAAGACACCAACAUCAUCGACAACGCCGAAACAGUCUACAUCUCCUCACUCGCCCUCCUCAAGAUGCUGCGACACGGCCGAGCAGGUGUGCCUAUGGAAGUCAUGGGUCUGAUGUUGGGAGAGUUCGUGGAUGAUUACACAGUGCGCGUGGUAGACGUGUUCGCCAUGCCGCAGUCAGGUACCGGCGUGUCAGUCGAAGCAGUGGAUCCAGUCUUCCAGACCAAGAUGAUGGACAUGUUACGGCAGACGGGCAGACCAGAGACAGUCGUCGGCUGGUACCACUCACAUCCCGGAUUUGGCUGUUGGCUCUCUAGCGUCGAUAUCAACACCCAGCAGUCCUUCGAACAGCUCACACCGCGCGCCGUGGCCGUAGUCAUCGAUCCCAUCCAAUCCGUCAAGGGCAAGGUCGUGAUCGAUGCCUUCCGCCUCAUCAACCCACAAACCCUCAUGCUUGGCCAAGAGCCUCGCCAAACCACCUCCAACCUCGGACACCUCAACAAGCCCAGCAUACAAGCACUCAUCCACGGUCUCAACCGACACUACUACAGCAUCGGCAUUGGCUAUCGGAAGUCUGCACUCGAGGAGGGCAUGCUGAUGAACUUGCACAAGACUGUGUGGACAGAGGCUCUGACUAUGCCAGACUUUGCAACAGAAGGACAGCGGAAUGAGGCCAAUCUGAAGAAGCUGGUGUCAUUGGCGGAGGGCUACGAGAAGAGAGUCAAGGAGGAGACCGAGCUCACCAAGGAGCAGCUGCGGACACGAUAUGUCGGCAAGGUCGACCCGAAGAAGCACAUCGAGACGGUUGGACAAGAGCUGAUCGAGGACAACAUCGUGUCUGUGAGCAGGCAGAUGAUCGACAAGGAGGCCUCCGUCCCGGCAGCAUCUUCGGACGGCUUGGACAACGGCAAGGCGAAUGGUGCGUCGAAUGGUCAUGCAUCGGGCGGUGAUGCGAUGGACGAGGAUCUGUAG